GGCUCCUUUCCCGGUGCUCGGCGUUGAACCCCGGCUGCCACCGCCGCCGCUGCCACCGUCGCGGUGGUCCCUGCCCUGCCCGGUCCCAGGGUGCGCCCGCAAGGCUCCUGCUGGUGUCCUGGAGCAUGGGAGGCUGCUGAGCUUGAGCGGCGGCGUCCGGAAGGAGCUGUGUGUCUCACUCCGUGGCAGGGAGGGCGUCCAUGGCUGCAGCCAACAAGGGCAACAAACCCAGAGUCCGGAAUAUCCGCUUUGCGGCAGGCCAUGACUCAGAAGGCUCCCACAGCCAUGUCCACUUUGAUGAGAAGCUGCACGACUCAGUGGUCAUGGUCACCCAGGAGAGUGACAGCAGCUUUCUGGUCAAGGUUGGCUUCCUGAAGAUCCUGCACAAAUACGAGAUUACCUUCACUCUGCCCCCGGUGCGCAGGCUGAGCAAGGACAUCCGGGAGGCACCCAUUCCCAGCCUGCACCUCAAGCUCCUCAGUGUCGUGCCCGUCCCUGAAGGUUACAGUGUCAAGUGUGAGUAUUCUGCUCACAAGGAAGGAGUCCUCAAAGAGGAGAUGCUGCUGGCCUGUGAGGGCGGCACAGGUGCUUGCGUGCGCGUGACGGUGCAGGCGCGCGUCAUGGACCGGCACCACGGCACCCCCAUGCUGCUGGAUGGUGUCAAGUGCGUGGGCGCUGAGUUAGAGUACGACUCGGAGCACAGUGACUGGCAUGGCUUCGACUGAGCCCCGCGGCUGCCUGGCCCCUCAGCCUUAACCCCGCCGCGUCUCCAACUUGCUGCGUGAUGGUGUGGCUUCCUCACCCCUCCUGGGUGUGCGUGGGGUGGAGUGUCCCCUGGCCUCCAAGACCCAGCUGCGCCCACGCCGACACCUCUCACCUCUGCCUUCAUUUGUGCCACCACCCUGCCUCUCCUGCGACUUCCUCUCCCACCUCCUCCUCUCCGUGUGCCUCAGUCUCCUGCCGCAAGAAAUGGGUUGAGCCCCCAAGGAGGCUAUCUGAGGAGGGGAGGGUGAGGGCCUGGGGUGGGUCCUACCUCCUGUCCACCCCAAGCUGCAGGGGCUUCAGCUGGGGUCUGGGAGAGGAUGGAGUGGCUUGUGAUGCCGUUGCCCCAUUGCUGCUGCCGCUCUGCCUCAGCCCUCUCCUGCCCCUCGCGUUCCCCGCUGACCAUGUGAGGAGGAGGGGGUGCAGCUCCCAGCCCCUACCCCUCAGGUCUGUGAUACUGGGUUUUUAAGCAACUGGUUGGGAUAGAAACCUGAAGAAAUAAAACUUCAGUGGAUACCGGA